AUGGACGAGAUCAUACCGGGCCUCUGGAUCGGCGGGCUGACUUCGGCGCUGUCGAUCGACUACCUCACCCAGGCCGGCGUCACCCACAUCAUCAGCUGCAUGAAGCAGCGGCUGCCUCCGCCGCCGACACUGCUCGACGGCCGCACCAUCCCGGCCUCGAACAUGCGCCAGGUUCGCGUCGACGACGUGGAGCAGGCGCCCAUCCUAGCCCACUUUGCCAGCUGCAACGACUUCAUCAGCGAGGUGCUCAAAGAGGAGUGGGUGCCAUCAGCCGACGACGACGGCGACGGCGACGACGUGCCCUCGCCGGCCUCGGGCGAGAAGGUGGCGGGCGAGCUUGACCUGCUGGUCCAGGGGCGGCAGAAGCGCAACGGCAAGUGGGGACACUGGCAGACGACGGGCGACGGCACCGUCCUCGUCCACUGCCAGGCGGGCUGCUCGCGCAGCGUGGCCAUCGCCGCCGCCUACCUCAUGUCUACGCGGCGCAUCUCGACGUCCGAGGCGGUCAAGAUGAUCCAGGCCCGCCGGGCGCGCGCCCAACCCAACCCGGGCUUCAUGGCGCAGCUCGAGCUGUACGAGCAGGUGGGCUACGAGAUCGACAUGCGCCACCAGGCCGUCCGCCGCUUCCUCAUGAGCAAGACCAACAUCCUCAACGGCGACUCGAUCGAUGACAUGCUCCUCUCUUACUACCCGAGCCCGUACCCCUCGCCCGCCCUCUCGCAGGGCCUCAAGGGCCUCUCGACGAUCUCGGACAGCGCUGCCGACGUGAGCGACAUGGCGCCCCUGGAUGGCACUGGCAGCGGCGGCAGCAGCAAGAGCGGCAGCCGCCGGCCCAGCGGCAGCAACGGCUCGCCGAACCGGGAUCCGCGCGGCACCGUCAGCGCAAACGCCGCGCUCUCGACGUCGCCGACGACGCAGGUGGGCGAGCACUUUACGCGGCUGUCGACCGACACCGCCUCGACCUCGAUUGCCCAGAGCGAAGAGGUGCGUGUUACCAAGAACUCGGGCAGGCUUCCCGGCGGCGUCUCGUCGAUCAAGGGCCACGAGGGCCUCGAGAACCGGGGCAAGCUGCCCAAGCCUACCUUCUCGGGUCCCAAGCUGCGCUGCAAGGCGUGCCGGCGCGAGCUGGCCGCCCUCGACCACGUCAUCGAGCACCAGGAGGGCCAAGGUCAGAUGGCGUUCGAGCACCGCAAGCGCGAGGCGGGCAACGCCAAGUACGCCGGCCAGACGCGCGUCACCGACACGUCCUCUUCGACCACGACGGUGCCGAGCGGCGUCGAGGCGGAAAAGGGGCGGCUGGACAUGCAGCGUAUGUUUGGUGCUCGGCCAAGCGUCAUCAAGAAGGUGGUCGACGACGACGACGACGACGAGGGGCCGAUUGGUUCCGGGGCGAACCAGGAGGCCAAGGGAGAGAGUGAGAAGGCAGAGGGAGCAAAGGAGAGCGAGUCGUCUCCAGCUCCCACCGCUCCUGCUAGCAGCGCCUCUGCCUCUCCCGCCGCGCCUGGUGCUGGUGCUGCUGGUGCUGCUGCUGCUGGCAGUGUCAACCAGGGCACAGCACCGGCUACAGGGCGUCGGAUCCAAUCAGCCUCGUCGCUCUCUUCCCGAUUGCCGCCUCACCUCGCCGCACUCCGGGGCGGUCCGCGUCCAGCCGCUCCCCCUUCCUCGAUUCCGGGCACGACACCAUCGCCCGCCUCGACGGCAGCCAGGCCGUCGGCGCCGCUGCCGCCGCCGGAAUCGACGCGGCCGGCCAUCCUGCACUCGUCGUCGUGCUCUGCCUACUUUAUCGAGCCCAUGGCGUGGAUGUCGCAGCUCGAAGACGGCGAGGUGAGCGGCAAGCUGUCGUGUCCGGCGUCCAAGUGCGGCGCCAAGCUCGGCAGUUGGGACUGGGCUGGCAUGCAGUGCGGCUGGUCCAAGGUCGAUGAGGUCUGA